AUGGCGAAGCCAGACCCAGACCCAGCGUUAGCUAACGAGGAUGAUCCUGAGGUCAUCAUCGGAGUUGACAACUUUCAGCAAGCUCUUGAUGAGGCUUUCAAAGAGAUGGACCUAGGUUUUCACUGCGCACAGGCGCUGGCUUUUCUUGCCACGCAAACAACAUCACUUGAAACACAAAAGAAGGAUGUUAGCAAGAUGUUUAGCAACGUUGAAUCAACCCUGGUCAGAGUGAAAAAGGAGAUGGAAGAGGCACGCGUAGAUGAUGAGAUACGGCGUGCGAACGAGGUCGUCAAGGAGAUAGCAGACGACGACGAUGACGACGUGCAGUACCUGCCCACCUCCAUACCGACGCUACAGCCGGGUGCGGGCCGCCGCCUGAGCGAAGGUCCGGAGUCCCCGCGCACGGUUUGGCUGAGACGAGUGGAAAAUUGGCGCCACCUAUGGGAGAUAUUAAUACACACCGUCAAAGCCCAGCCGCCUCCCAAGUUCAACCUGCAGAGGGGACCAGUGAAGCGACCAGAGCUCUACAGCGGAUGCAAGGUGUUCGCCAAGAAGAACAACGACGUCUGGCACAAGGGUACCGUACACGAGAUGGGAAUGGGAAUGACCAGAGAGAAGCAGUUCCGGGUGAAGUUUGACUCAAAGUUGGGAUCAAACUCCAAGUGGGUCGACUCGAAGCACAUAGCUUACGCGUGUAGUCCGGACUGUGUGCUGCCCGUGGGCACACGCAUCAUAGCGCGCUACACGGACGACCUCGCGGCUGCGAACGCCGCGGCGGCGUCCGCGGUGGCGACCGCGGCGCAGCAACGCGAGGACGUGGGGGAGGAGAGGCGCGGCGCCGGCGGCUGCGCGCAGUACUACGCCGGCGUCAUGGCGGAGCCGCCGAACCCGCGCAACGGAUACACCUACCUCGUGUUCUUCGACGACGGCUACGCGCAGUACUGCCGCCUCGAGGAGAUCCACGUCGUGUUCUCGACGAGCCGCAACGUGUGGGACGACGUCUACGUCGACUCGCGCGACUUUAUACGCGACUACCUGCAGCAGUACCCGGAGAGACCCAUGGUCAGACUCACUAAAGGUCAGUCGAUCAAGGUCGAGUGGAAUGCGAGCUGGUGGUCGGCGAAGGUCAUAGAGGUCAACGCCAGCCUCGUGAAGAUGUACUUUGAGGCAGAUAAGAGGACUGAGUGGAUAUACAGAGGCUCGACACGCCUGGAGCCACUCUACAGAGAGCUGAUGAACGCGAACCGGACACAGCAGGGCACCAACAAGACGGCGCGCCGCCACCUAACCGUGCAGAAGAACAAGAGGCCCGCCCCGUUCGUCGAGUACACGCGCGGCGACAGCUUCAACGGUAACCAAGAAGCGGCGAAACAGAAGCAGGCGGCGGUGGCGCAACCUGGGAUGAGCGAGCCGGGGCAGAAGAAGAAGAUGACCGCAAGAAAGAGCACAGCGGGGAAGAAGCCGGCCGACGUGGAACGCGAGGGACCACGCAUCCUCUACGAACCCGCGGGACACUUCACUCAGCAGCAGUUCGACGGAUCGGAGGGCCAGCGAUUCACGCAGAAGAUGCGUCAGCAGCCGGGCACCCGGUCCCGCUACUUCGCGCACGCGUGUCGGCCAUCUUGCAUCACGAAGGUCGACGACGAUCCGGAGAAGUACAAGAACAAGAAUCCGUUCACUAUUCCGUUGUUGUUCGGCUGGGAAAGGCAAAUCGCGAAGAAGCAUCCCGGACCGAAGCAGUUUGUGUUCUACCGCGCGCCGUGUGCCCGUCGUCUGCGCACGAUCACAGAGGUGCAGCGCUACCUUACCGUCGUCAACUCUAAGCUAACGAUCGACCUGUUCUGCUACGACCCCUACCUCGACCCCUACGGAUACUUUGUGCCGAAGAAGUCGUUCUGUGACAUCAAGGACAUCUCGUACGGCAAGGAGAACGUGCCGAUCCCGUGCGUGAACGGCGUCGAUCGCGAGUACCCGGACUACAUCGAGUACAGCCAGCACCGCAUACCGACGCGCGGCGUCAACCUCAACCUAGACCCGGCCUUCCUCUGCGGCUGCGACUGCGAGGACGACUGCCAGGAUCGUGAGAAGUGUGCGUGUGUGCAGCUCACCGUCACCGCCUCGAAGGCCAACGGAGGGGGAGAGGCAAACCCGGACGCUGGCUACCACGACCGCCGGCUCAAGGAAGCAGUCAUCACAGGAGUCUACGAGUGCAACUCGACGUGUAAGUGUAGUAAGAAGUGUCACAACAGGGUCGUGCAGAAUGGACUCAGCUUACGACUGCAGGUGUUCAAGACCGACAGAAAGGGUUGGGGCCUACGCUGCUUGAACGACAUCCCAGCUGGCACCUUCAUCUGCUGCUAUGCCGGACAGCUUCUCACGGAGCAGGGAGCAAACGAGGUUCGUGUAUGCCUCCUAUGUGAAUACGAGGAUUUAUUAACCCUCGAAGGGAUUUUUCAGCCCCUGAAGGCACUGCCGCAGAUGCUGCCAAGCAACCUCGAGACGCAAGAGCCUUCGGAAGGUCUUCGCGACUUUGCAGCUUCCGACCCAAGGCAAGCGAGCCGCAGCUACUGUAGCACUCCCCUCAAGAUCAAAGGCUGUCGACGAUGGAUGGUGACGGCCCGAGACGCGAACGCGCAGACGAACAAUGGUAAGGAAGAGAAGAAGCGGACGCGCUACAAGCCACUGCGCUCGUGGUACAACGAAGAGUACUGCUUCGUGAUGGACGCCAAGUCGCAGGGAAACCUCGGACGCUACCUCAACCACUCCUGCUCGCCGAACGUGUUCGUGCAGAACGUGUUCGUCGACACGCACGACCUCCGCUUCCCCUGGGUCGCGUUCUUCUCCGACAAGCUGAUACGCGCGGGCGGCGAGCUGACGUGGGACUACAGCUACGAGAUUGGCAGCGUGCCCGGAAAGGUGCUCUACUGCUACUGCCAGUCGCAGGACUGCAGGGGGCGCCUGCUGUAGGGGGCGACGCCAGUAAAGGGUGCCUGCUGCCAUGGGUAAUACUGGGAGGCUGCUGCUGUGGCAGGUUGAGGUACCUCCAAAGGCUGGCGCCUGCUGUAGUAGAUAGCACGAAUAGGGGGAGGCAUCUGCUCUGUGAGGGGCAAUUCCAGGUGGUGUAGCUCCUGCUGUAGUAGGUGGCUCAAGUAGGGAUUGCCUGCUGAAAGGGCAGUUCCAGCAGAUAGUACUGCUUUACGAGGUGCUUGCUGUGAGGGACACCUCUAGUUAGGCGGUACUGCCAGUAGGUGCUGCUGCAGUGAGAAGCGCGUCCGGUAGGGGGCGCCUGCUGCGAGGGCUCUAGGUUAUAUCGUAUAUAAGCUUUGGUAAGUGUAGCAUGUUUGGUUGCGAUAUGGCAGAAAUAGGUUUGUUCACCAAAGAUUUUCAUGUGAAAGUGCGAUUUUGGCGAUUAGCACAUUAAGCUGUGAGCAACGAGGACCAAUAGAUAAUUUGGAUGUUUGAUAUGGCCGUUGCCGUUGUGUUUCGUUUGUGUUAUUGUCAUCCCAGGCAUAUGAUGUCAUUAACCAAAUAAUAAAUAUUAUAGCAUUCGUAGCAGGGUGUGUACACAUGUCUGUAAUGAACUGUAAUGUGUAUAUUAUGUGUAUAUAUAUAUAUACUAGCCAUACAUACAAAGCCUAGUUUAAAAAAACACGUCCAUUGUAUAAAUGUGUCACUGUUACACACACAAGACGAUAGUUGACUCAUUCUUUUGAAACCAUGCACACCUGUCUUGUAUGUUUUGUUGAUGUUAGCUCUUCUAGUAAUAUAGAGGAAACGUUCUUAUAGUACCAGACAUACAUGUACUUUGCCGUUUCGUGUCAGUUUGCUUAUUUACUCAUAAGUGCAACCUGUGAAUUAUAAUUUUUUUUUUUUUUAAAGAUGUCAAGUUAGUGUAAUUAGAAAUACUUCAGUGUGUGUUUCCAAUAAUGUCUCUAACUAUUAUAACUAUUAUAACAAUAUAGUUGUCCCGUGAAAGAAUUGUUGUAUCGCUUUUCUUAAGAAACAAUGAAAUAAAAUAACAAGACUUCAAUUUGUAUUCACGCGUUCGAAACUGGAA